UGACACGACCCUUUAUGAGUGGGGGAUUCGCACACUCUGUGAGGAGUACAUGAGCCAUGGGGAUCAUCACGGGGAUGGUUGUUGUCUUCUGCAUCAUGGGUGGCGCAAUGUGCGGUUGUCCUGGCAACACGGUGUGGUUUAAGGAGGAGGUGUCUUGUUACUACAUCAGCAACAAUGUCAAGGUCACGUGGGGACAGGGACGUCGGGAGUGCGAGGACAUGGGCGGAAGCCUCUUGAUCAUCAACUCGCGCAGAGAGGAGGAUCUUAUUUCCGACUCCCUGCGUGAGAGGCUGUCCAGGAACGCCAGCGCUGACUCCCAACUACAAUGGUGGGUAGGACUCAGUGGGAUCAACGAGCGGUGGACGUGGGUGGAUGGGACCCCCGCUGAAACAGACAGUCUACUAUGGCAUGCAGCGGAACCCAACAUCCAGGACCGCAAGGCGUGUGCGGUGUUCCGGCAAACUCUACUGAGCGACGUGGACUGUGACUUCAAAAAACACUUCAUCUGUGAACUACCGCCGUUGUCACCUCACCCAGAGCCAUCAGAGUCGGCCCCGACGUCGAACACUAUGUCGACAGCAACGAGGCGGUUGCUGUUUUUCAGCAUAAUCGGUGGGGUGGCACUUCUUGCGGUGAUAGCAAUUCUAGCCGUCAUCUGUCUGGCGACGAGGGUGCGGCGUCUACGACGGACGUAUAAGAAUCGCGAACAUCACCCGGACCUGACAUCUCAGCCGUCAGCCAACACCGGAAGCGAACUUCAGAGGGCACCCCAGACUCUACCCCGUCCAGACCCUGGUUCCAAACCCCCCAUCCGGUUUCUCCUCACUGCACACUCCUAUGAUGAACCGGAACCAGAGGCCCACCCUGGUUACGAGAAACUCAACAAGUUUACGCCACGAUACCUCGACCUGUCCAAAUAGCCUGCAGUCCCCAGCAUCGUAUACCGUGCUCAUUCCAAACAAACAAGCGUACACUCAAUAACAGAAUACAUUGCCCUGUUGAACUAGACACAGCCGCUAUACAAACUCCACAA